CCGUAAAGCCAGGAGCGGACAUGAACCUCAUAGAUCUGUGGUCCGCGGAUCCAGUUCCCACCCAAGUACCCACCCUCAAACCUUUGUCUUCUUCGCCGGUCCCGUCCGGAUUGUUAGAGGCUCCGGUCCCGUCCGGAGAUCUUCCUCCUCCGAUGUCCCUGUCAGGUUUCCUGGUCCCAUCUCCUCUGCUGGUUUCAGCCAGUCCCCUGGAUUCAUCGGCCCCACUGGUGUCGUCCAGCUCCUCGGCUCUGCCUCCGCCGCUAGCUCCGUGCGGCUCAUCAGCCUCGCCUCAGGCUUCCCCUCCACCAGCUCGGUAUGGCGCCGAGUCCCCGGCUUCACUUCGGCCCUCCAGGCCCAUGUCUCCACCUCGGCCUGUCAGCCCGCCGACUCCGCUCCGGCUCUGCAUUCCUUCGUCUCCACCGAGGCCCGUCUGCCCUUGGACUCCUCUGGGCUCCCUCAUACAUCCAGACAAACCUCGGUCGGUCGUCGCUCAGCUUCCGCCACGAACUUCCGGGUCUCCGGCUGCGCCUCAACCCUCCACCCCUUCGGCUUCACCGGGCUCCUCCCUUCCUCUGGUUUCCCCGUCGUCCUCGCUCGCUCCAUCGUCUCCCUGUUCCUCCACGUACCCUAGUUCCGCCUCCGUGGAUCGGCUUCUGGGUGUCGCCCAGUCCUUCAGCCAAAGCUCCUCCCUGGUUCCUCGCACCGUCGGCUCCACCAUGGUGUUGGUCUCCUCCGAUUUAUCCAGGUUCCUGUUCUUCAUCAGCACCACGCCUUCCACCUAA